AUGAAAAUCAGUCCAGCGUUGGCCGUCGGCGAAGACGUAUCUGGCAUUGAUGUCAGUAUUUUAAAGAUAGAGAAAGAGAUAGAGAGAAAGACUCGACGACAUUCGCGAGAUCGAGGGGAAUCGAAGGGGCUGAGAGAACUGUGGUAGGGCCGAGAAGUAGCUAAAGAGGGAGAAAGAAAGACAAGAAGGACGAGAACAAAGACGAGAACGUGGUUGAUAGGGUGACGAGAGGGUAACGAUGAAAGGUAGCCAAGUCGAGACGAUCGUGUCCGGGCGCUGCUGCCGCCGUCGCCGCUGCCACUGCUGACGAUCAUGAAUGUUCCGGAGUUCGGUGAAAACAGGAUACAUUGUAUCUAGGUAGCCGGCUUUGUUCGAUCGGAUGAUCGAGAAGUUUUAUGAAAAAAAGACUCCUCGUCGAGUCCAAUUGCGAGAGUAACGAUUCUCCUUUCCGGUUUCAUACGAUUCUCUUUUAGCACUCAACAUUUGUUUGCGGUAAAAAUCGGUUACAGUGAAGAGGCUGAUAGAAGGAAGGUUGAGAAUAAGAGAGAAAUAGAGAUAUGUCCUCGAUGCAGCAAGAUGCAGCACGAGGGAAGCGCUUCGGUGGUUCUCCGGCUUAGUGCGUGCGCGGCGGCAUACGAGAAGAAGGAACACGUUGCUCUUGCUGCUGGUGCACGUCAUCGGUGGUGGACACGAUCACGUGCUCCCGAUAGAAGAACAAGAAGAACGAUGUCAGUGGCGUGCUCGAGAUAUCUACGAUCGUUCGGUGGACCCUGAGACUAAAGUGGAGCAGAAAGAAGAGUCGGCACAGGAGAAAGAGGAAGAGGAAGAAGGAGCAGGUGGAUUGCUUCUUUCCAACGUUGUUGAGAGAGUCCAAGCGGUUCGCUUCUAUUCGGUGCGCCUGCAGCCACGUGCGGAGAUAACCGAACGAGGAGAAGGAGGUGGAAGAAGACGAGCUGAAGGAGAAGAGGCAGCGAGCAGCCGGUAGUGGUGCUUGUGCUGGUGCUUGUGGUCGAGAAAGAAGCGAGAUUCUCGGUUUCUAUCUUUGCAAACAUGAGACAUUGGACACUCAUGGCGGCGAUAGCCCUGGCUGCAUCGGGGCUGGUAAGCGGCGGUAGUCACGAGAAGCGGCUGCUGAGCAAUCUGCUGGAUGCGUAUAACGUCCUGGAGCGGCCGGUGGGAAACGAGUCCGACCCCCUCGUCUUGAGCUUCGGCCUUACGCUUAUGCAAAUAAUCGACGUCGACGAGAAGAAUCAACUGCUCAUCACGAAUCUUUGGCUGAAGUUGGAAUGGAACGAUGUAAAUAUGAGGUGGAACGUCUCAGAGUAUGGAGGCGUCAGAGAUCUCAGGAUCCCUCCGCAUCGACUUUGGAAACCGGACGUUCUCAUGUAUAACAGCGCGGACGAAGGGUUCGACGGUACUUAUCCAACGAAUGUCGUCGUAAAGAACAAUGGCACCUGCUUAUAUGUGCCGCCUGGUAUAUUCAAGAGCACUUGCAAGAUAGACAUUACCUGGUUCCCCUUUGACGAUCAGCGCUGUGAGAUGAAAUUUGGCUCUUGGACUUACGACGGCUUUCAGUUGGACCUGCAACUGCAAGACGAAUCAGGAGGUGACAUCAGCAGUUUUAUCACUAACGGCGAGUGGGAUCUGUUAGGAGUGCCUGGCAAAAGAAACGAAAUUUAUUACAAUUGCUGCCCGGAACCAUACAUAGACAUCACCUUUGUGGUCAUCAUUAGAAGACGUACGCUUUAUUAUUUUUUCAACCUAAUCGUGCCGUGCGUAUUAAUCGCCAGCAUGGCCGUUUUGGGAUUCACCCUGCCACCCGAUUCCGGCGAGAAACUCUCCCUCGGGGUAACAAUUCUCUUGUCUCUCACUGUGUUCCUUAAUAUGGUGGCCGAAACAAUGCCAGCUACGUCGGACGCCGUCCCGCUCUUAGGGACGUAUUUCAAUUGCAUCAUGUUUAUGGUCGCCAGCAGUGUCGUCAGUACGAUCCUCAUUUUGAAUUACCAUCAUCGAAACGCUGACACUCACGAGAUGUCCGAAUGGGUCAGGAUUCUUUUCCUAUAUUGGUUACCAUGCUUACUCCGAAUGUCACGACCGACCGACAAAGAGGAAAAAGACGCGCAAAAAUCUCAAAAACCAUCUCCGGUCACUGGUACGAGCAAAUCGUACGGUGAUUUGGAGUUACAUCAAAGAAGUAGCAAAUCACUGUUAGCAAAUGUCCUGGACCUGGAUGACAACGCGCUGGCAUCUCAUAACAAUUUAUUGAACAACGUGUACAGUACACCGGGCCCACAUCAUCAUACGAUGGGCCACGGACACAGUCACAUACAUACGACGCCUCAUCAUCAUCACAGUCACGCAACUCCCACGCCGCAUCAUCAGCAUUCGACACCGUUAGCUCACUCUUCCUACCCCGGCCAUCAGCUUGGCCACACGCCGCAUCAUCAUCAGCAUCCGCCAGACACGGCGGCGCCACAGGUCGAGACGAUAUUUCAGAACGCCUGCUUUUGCGCGCGUUACGAGCUCAUACUGAUCCUCAAGGAAAUCAAGGUGAUAACGGAUCAGUUAAAAAACGAUGAGGAAAACACAAAGGUGACGAAUGACUGGAAAUUUGCGGCGAUGGUGAUCGACAGGAUGUGCCUAAUCAUUUUUACUCUGUUCACCAUCAUCGCUACCAUCACCGUCCUAUUAUCGGCGCCGCACAUCAUCGUCACGUGAUUCAGAAAACCCAGGCAACUGCCAGUAGUUGAUCGUCGAAGAUCCGUACUGGAAUGCGCUCGAUUGAUCGCGAAAGCGAAAAAAUAUGAUGGGAAGGAGCAGAUAAAGAUGAUCGAAAGAAAGAAAAGGAAGAAAAAAAAGGGAAACGAUAUCGAGAAGCAGAAAAACCGAUGUUCCUUUCGUUCUUCUAUUUUCCCCUCGUUCAUCGCGAGAUCCUUCUUCUUCCUCAUUGACGAACUCGAAGCACUCGAUUACGCUUCGCGUCAUUUAAAAGCGGAAGUUGAAGGGAUGCAAUACUGGAAGGAACAUACGAUCUCGACUUAUGUCUCGUAAACGUAACGUUUCUUUUAAAAAAAGAGGAAGAAAGAAAAAGAAUAACAGAAAAAGGAAAACGAGGACAUCUUAUCGAAGCAGCAAGUCGACGUAUGUACGUGGUUACGCGAUGGUUGCAGAGGGUGAUAGUAGGAUCGUGAGAGGGUAAACGAGGAACAACGGAAAUCUCAGAGAAUACGAGCACACAAACGUGCACGUUCCUCGAUAGCAGUCGAUAUUUCUUCCAUAGUUAUAUCACGUUAUUAUUUCAUAUCUUGAAAAGGACUUAUCAAAUAGUUCCAACGUAUUUUCUCUUUUCUUGUUUCUUUUUUUUUCUUUUUCUUUUUUCUUUUUCUUGUUUUUUUUCGUCGACUUAAAAUCGCACAAAAAUCUGUUCCAUUUAUUAAGUUCAAUUUUUUGAUUAUCGUUGUCAAAAUAAUUAUUUUCAUUCUUAUGUUCCUUUAGAAGAAUAUUCUCGGAAUAUAUCGAACCGGAAAUAUCCGUUUAAUGUCUCCAAAGGAUUCUAUGUAAAUAUCUGUUAUUGAAAUUAUUCAAGAAAAAAAUGAAAAAAAAAAAAAAAGAAUUUGUGUCUCUCGAAAUCGUUCAAUAUCUCCUGACUGCUACUUCGAGGUACGUACGUAUAAGCGUGAAGAGAACACAUACGCACACAUGAGCACACCAAGAUGUUUACAUAUGCAGAUAAAAUAAAGCAAUUCGAUGGGUAUGUCGAUGAGAAAAAUAGAGACAAAGAAAGAGAGAGAGAGAGAGGGAGAGAGAGAGAAAGAGAGAGACAGACAGAAGAAAAAGGAGGUAGAGAUGGAGGAGAAGGAGGUGGAGAAGGAGGAAAAGGAUAAAGAAGAGAAGGUAGGGGAAUAAGGAAAAAAUGUCGAAUACGCAGGAACGGCUCAAGAUCGAGGACUCUUCCAAGGGAAGGAUCGGAUCUUGAGGAUCUUGGGUUCCGCUGUAAAUAGGAAGGACAGAUUAUUAAAAUAAGCUCGCACACGUGAAAAUACACAAAAACAUGCGGACGGAAACGAACGGACUUAACUGACGGAUUUAAACUCAUCUAUUAUAUGCGUGCACAUACACGAAUAGACAUGCAUACGCGCAUGCACGUACAAAUACACAUACAUACACGCGCAUACACACAUACGUGCACAUACCACACAUAAUACAGACACUUAGAGACGCACGGCGAUGGUAAGAAAGAAACGAAAACAAACAAAUCGCUCCUUCGUUGUGUCAAAACUGGUAAAAAGGCAAAGCGCACACGUUAUACUCUCAGAAUACACACAAUGAACUGCCAAGGUGAUUCAAAUAAUAUGCCAGUGAAUUUUAUUAUCCGUAUCACUAGUAAGUAAAUCGAUGACAACUUAAUAAAUGGGGGAUUUAUACUACGAUUUAAGUGGCGUGCACUAACGCAAAUAUAAAUACUGUUCUUUGUUAGACUGUAAGGGGACAUUCAGUGUAAAGAUUUUGAAGAAAAAGAGAAAGAGAGAAAGAAUGUAUGUGAGAGAAAACGAGAAAUAAAAGAAAAACAGAGAGAGAGAGAGAGAAAGAGUGAGAGUGAAAGAGAGAGAGAGAGAGAGAGAGAGAGAGAGAGUGAGAGUAAGGAGGGGGUAUAAAGAAUAUAAACGGAAAUAGCAAUUUAGAGCGAUAAUUUAGUUUUAAGCGACGUUAUUUCUGUUCCUUCUAUCGACACUCUCUCUUUCGCCCACAUAUGCACUCACAGACGAAUAUUCACUAUCAUUUAUAAAUUUACGUACAAAAAAAUACACAUACACAUUUGUACAGGAAGACACACAGAGACACAGUCGCGAAGCAUCGUAUUUUUCGACAUUAACGUGUUAAAUGCAAGUACGCGUGCGAGUAAAAAUCUUUUUACUUUUUAUCCUUCCCUUUUAAUCGCUUUUUUUCUUUGUCUUUUUACCUUUCUCAUCUUUCUUCAGCUCACGAUCCAACGCAAGUUUUAAAGAAGCGAACGACUCGUCGUGUAGUACAUACAUAUGUACACAUAUACAUACAACACAUACGUACGUACGUAUAUACAUACAUAUAUGUACAUACAUACGUACAUAUAUACAUGUAUACAUAUAUAUAUAUAUGUAUAUAUAUACAUACACAUAUACAUAGCUACAUGCACACAUACUUAAAUAGGUGUUUCGACAUUUCGAAUAAUUCGAAAUCAAGCAGUACUUCGUGAUUUUCAAAAUAGCUUAUAUUUACUUUUUUAACUUGUACUAUUUUCGAAUUAUUCGUUGCAUUUCGAACACUCUCCGUUUCAGAUAUGAAUCCGAGUUCAUCUUUUUCCUCUUUUCCUUUUCUUCUUGUUUUUACUUUUUGGGAAAGGGAGAGAGAAAGACUUAAGUGGGAGAAGGAGACAGAGGGUGAGGGGAAAUCGAACACUUUUUUCUCGAGGGAAUCAAACGUUCCAUUUAUUUCUCUCUCUUUCUCUCUCUCUUUCUCUCUCUCUCACUUCCUCUCUCUUUUUCUCUCUCUCUCUUUCUCUCUCUCUCUCUCUCUCUCUCUUCUCUCUCCUUCUCUUUUCGUUAAAAAGAAGAAAAAGAUAUGGAAGAAGAAAGAGAGAGAGAGAGAGAGAGAGAAAGAAAAUAUGUGCACUUCAUACUAGAAGACUCUUCUUUUACACGAGAGUUUCUCUACCCUUUCCAUAUUUCUUCGCGAACGUUGCUUCGAAUUUCUGUCGACUACGAGCAAAUUCUCUUUGGUCAAUAUGCGACGAGGAAUGAAAGGGAAAAUAAUAAGUAAAAAGAAAAAAGAAAAUAAAAGAAGAGAAGAGAAAAGAAAAAAGAAAGAAAUGAGAAAAAAGGGGAAAAAGGCUCGUUCGUAAAAGUAAAGGGACGAUAGGAUAUAUAUCGUUGUUUAAACAAUAUUCGCCUCGUAGAAGAUUAAAAGAAACUCGAAGGCUUCACAUUCCGAAAUUUAACGUCAAGAGAAUGGGGAAUUGCCUUAGCACGUGAUGAAUAUUAUAAAAAAUGAUGAUAAAUCUCAAAUAAAAUCAACAAAGGAAUUUCGUUUUUACUCGGAAUUGCCGUCUUUAUUUGGUCGCGAAAUGUUUACUUAUUACCUUCCACCCGCGAACGUUUCUUUUUAUUUAAUUCAUUCAAAACGAGAUUAUCUAUAACGUGAUAAUAAAUAAAGAAAAGAAAAUUUCAACGAUCAUCGCUACUAUAAAAUUGUAUAUUAUUAAUUUAAAGGCGAGUGCUUGUUGCAAUUUAAAAGAAAUUUCUGUUAAAAAAAUUUCAAACUUCGAUCGUGAAUGAGCAGAGUCCUUCGUCAAGAAGAAAGAAACGAUCUCGCGAGCAUGUGGGGGAAGGAAUUACGAAAAAUUUCAAAAGUGAUACGAUCGUCGAGCACGUUUAAGCGAGGUAUUAAAAGAGUUCGGAUGUCGAUCGAGCGAUUAUUAUCGAAUAUACUCUCGGUAGGAUACACAAAAUAAGAAAAGAAAAAAAUAUAUAUGGCAACAUAACAAUAAUAAUUAUAAAUAAUCCACAUUGUUUUUCGUAUAGUCUUCAUAGGCAGGCAUUUUUGAAGGGAGGAGACGAUAUUACAAUAUAAACUUUAAUCGUAUUGUACAUUUUGGCCAUUGGCAUUGACGCGACAACCAAUCACAAGUUAUCUUUUAAAUAUUAUUAAAAGUUACAAUAUUAAUAAAACAAAACUGUUAAAUGAUAUUAAAGGAUCGAUUAAAUGUAGAGUAUGUAUAUUACUGGAACGAAAGAGAGAGAGAGAGAGAGAGAGAGAGAGUGCAAAAGAAUAAAAAAGAUUAAGUAAAUGAAAGCGAGAAUGAUAAUUAUCCGAUAUUCGGUUUGAUCAUUGGGCGAAUGCGCAUUUUUAGAUCUUCAAAUGAACCGACUAAAUUAUUAUCUCGUAAAAGUGCGAUCGCUGAGAAUUCGCUAGAAUAAUAUGUACGUAGUUAAGGAUGAACAAAAAAAAAAGAAAAAAGAAAACAUAAAAGAUGUAAAAAAAAUUAAUACGGUUACCUCUACGAGUCUCGUUAGUUAGAGAAGAUAAAGAAGUUGUAAAGGGGGAUUAUUAAUUAAAGAGGGAAAAUGUUUUAAAAGCGGCAAAUUAUUAUAUAUACAUACAUAUAUCGGCACACGUGCUAUAUUAUUCUUAGGGACAGCUGUGAUGAUUGACAUGGUAAAAAGAAAAAAGAAAAAAAAAAAAGAAUAGAAAAAAGAAAGGAAAAAAAAUAAUUACCAAUUACGUGGUAUUCUGAAAUUUUCGCAACUCUUUGCGAUUUUGCUAAAUGAAAAAGGGAAAAGAAACAUAAAAAGAAAA